AUGGCUCACUUUGUUUUCAGCAGUGUCCAUCUGGAAUGCCUUCUGUUAGCCCUGCUGCUCCACUCUGACAGGCCUCCCUUAGCUGAUCUUCCUUACAGCAUCAAGGCAGAAUGUGGAGGAGCACACUUCAUAGACUUGCUCUGUGUAGUGCAGUCAUCUCCACCUAGCCUCCAAAAUCUUCAACCAACCAUAAGCUCUCAGAUCCGUCAGAAUUAUGCCGCUGAAGAGAAGGCUGGCGUCAACCAUCUGGUUAAUCUGCAUCUGCAGGCCUCUUACACCUACUUCUCUCUUGGUUUCUAUUUUAGUUGUGAUGAUGUGGUCUUGGAAGGUGGGGGACACUUGUUCUGUGAGAUGGCGAUGGAGAAGCAUGAGGGUGCUGAACGUCUCUUGAAACUGCAAAACUGGUGUGAUGGUUGCGCACUCUGCCGGGACAUGCAGAAGCCAUCCCAAGAUGAGUGGGGAAGAAUCCUGGAUGCCAUGAAAGCCGCCCUGGCCCUGGAGAAGAACCUGAACCAGUCUCUUCUGGAUCUGCAUGCCAUGGGUGCUACCCACACAGACCCUCAUCUCUGUGACUUUAGGGAGAACCAUUUCCUCGACAAGGAGGUAAAAAUUAUCAAGAAAAUGGGCAAACAUUUGACCAAUCUCUGUAGGAUGGCAGGGCUGGGCGAAUAUCUCUUGGAGAGACUCACCUUCAAGCACAUGACUAGGAAGAGCCUGUGGAAUCCCGCAACCUGUGAAGGGCCUUUCUGCAUCCCUCUGCUCACCUCAGACCUUCUCCCUGAACCUUGCUCUCCAGCCACAGAGGCAGCAUAG